AUGGCAUCUUCACACCACAGGAGGUCCAGGGAGACCUCCCAUGCCGAGAUGCCCAUUGGUCGUUAUACCAGACUGGAUGAGAUUGGCCGAGGGAGUUUUGCUACAGUCUAUCAGGGUGUCCAUACGAAAUCACGUACUUACGUCGCCAUCAAGUCCGUCAACCUCUCCAAAUUGAACAAGAAGCUAAAAGAGAACCUUUCCUCGGAGAUUCAUAUCCUAAAAGGGCUAUACCAUCCACAUAUCGUGGCCCUCAUUGACUGCCAUGAGACGACUUCACACAUCCACCUGGUGAUGGAAUACUGUGCCUUGGGGGAUCUGUCACUGUUCAUCAAGCGCCGAGAUACACUAGGGGACCACCGAUAUACGCAGGACAUGAUUGCGAAGUAUCCGAACCCCCGUGGUGGCGCACUGAAUGAAGUGGUCGUACGCCAUUUUCUCAAGCAGCUGGCAAGCGCGCUGAAAUUUCUCCGAGAUCGAAACUUGAUUCACCGUGACAUCAAACCACAAAAUCUUCUACUGUGUCCGUCUCCGUCGUCAUACCGGAGUGGCGUGGCUCAGGUUGUGCCAUUCAAAGGGUGUGAAGAAUCCUUUAGCCCUGCAACGGGACUGGAAUCCCUACCAAUGCUCAAAAUUGCGGAUUUCGGGUUUGCUCGGUCUCUUCCGUCGACAUCGCUUGCUGAAACAUUGUGUGGCUCCCCUCUCUAUAUGGCCCCCGAAAUCCUCCGGUACGAGAAGUACGAUGCUAAAGCAGAUCUUUGGUCUGUGGGCACGGUGCUCUAUGAGAUGGUGGUGGGCAAACCCCCUUUUCGGGCCACGAACCAUGUUGAGCUGCUUCGGAAGAUUGAGAAAGGAGAGGACAGGAUCAAGUUCCCCGAGGAGAACCCUGCCUCGGAUCAAAUAAAGUCCCUUAUUCGAAUGCUAUUGAAGCGGAACCCCGUGGAGCGUAUGAAUUUCUCCGAUUUCUUCGAUUGUGACACUAUAACAGGACCUAUCCCGGGGUUAAUAGCGGAUGAUGCUUCCUCAACGUCUCGCCGUUCGUCUGUCGCUGUGGACACCACCGGGUCGACAUCUCGUCCCCAGUCUCGAACGGGAUCAAGGACCCCCACCGGGAUGAAACGUGAGAAGGACGACCCCGUGUCGUACCCGGCUGCUCAUCGACCUACCACGCAGAGGUCGGACACUCCGCCGGCUUCCUCGUCUCCUAUGCGUAGGGUGGGAAGUGUGGACAAACCGACUACAUCCAAAGAACCGGCAAACACGACGCCUCAGAGACCGAGUGCGGUGUCUCUUGCCACGGCCCCCGGUCGUCAAGAGCUUGUUGAUCGAAAUGCUACGGCCGCUGUAAUGGAGCGGCAGAGGAGCCGAAAUACCUACGCAGGAACCCCACAAACCGAGAAGCAAGCAGAGAAAACAAAAGAGGAAAGCGAGCGCGCUGCACAAGAGAUUGCGUUCGAGAGAGACUAUGUGCUCGUGGAGAAACGUGCUGUGGAGGUGAAUGCUUUUGCAGAUGAGUUGGCACAUAGUCCUCGGAUCCAGGGUGGCUUUUCUAAGAACGCCUAUGCUCUGUCGCGUCGUCCAGGCACCCAAGGAUCGUCCACGGCGACCGCUACGUCACCCUUGGCCACUACAGGUUCUUACGAGCGUCGAUACGGCCAGAGUCCUACGUCCGCCAUCUCAAAAGCGCUCCACAUGGCUAGCGGGCGCUUGUUUGGGAUGGGCUUCUCGCCACCCAUGACUAUUACGAAAGGAGGGCGCUCCCCCCCACUGGGCUACAACCCCUUCCCAGCCUAUCCGGCGGCUCAAGGUAGCUUGAUGGUUGUUGGGGAUGGAGCAAGGACUAACGUGACCCUGGAUGAGGACGCGAAGACCAUCCAAGUGAUCGAAGAGUGUGCCACGCGAAGUGACGUGGUGUAUGGCUUCGCCGAGGUCAAGUACAAGCAACUCAUCCCACUGGCGCCAUCUGUUCAAACGGACCCUUCAGGCAGGGCUAAUGUGCCCGGCGGGGAGCGGGAUCCUACCGAUCUGACAGAUGGUGGGCUCACGGUUGAUGCUGUUGUAACUUUGUCCGAGGAAGCCCUCGUUCUCUACGUCAAAGCGCUUUCAUUGUUGGCAAAAUCUAUGGAUAUCGCUGGCGCUUGGUGGACCCGGAAGAACCGUGGAGAAGCGUUUGGCGAAUCGGCCAUGGGAAGGACGGACGCCACAAGCACGCUUGUCAGUAACCGGAUCAACAAUGUCGUACAAUGGGUGCGAAACCGAUUCAAUGAGGUGUUGGAAAAGGCAGAAUUUGUUCGUCUCAAGUUAAUCGAAGGCCAGAAACGCUUGCCACCAGAUCACCCCAGUCAUCCCAGUAAUCACUCCGUCGGCUCCUCCGUCGGCUCCGGCGCCUCCACGGACGUGGUUGUGAGUUCGGGUGUGACGGCGGAGAAGCUAAUGUACGAUCGGGCACUAGAGAUGAGUCGGGCGGCCGCCAUCAAUGAACUGACGGGCGAAGACCUUUCUGGGUGCGAGAUAGCUUAUGUCACCGCCAUUCGGAUGUUGGAAGCUGUACUGGAGGAAGACGAGGUAUCCCGGUCUGGGCCAGGAAGUGGCACCGACAAAGGCGAUGCCCGGCGAGAUGGCGACAAAGCCGUGCUGGAUGGCGUACGGGUGGAAGACCGUCAGGUGGUGAUGAAAUUGGUAUCCAGCAUCAGGAGUCGCUUGGCAUCCCUGCGCAAGAAACUCGCCCUGUUGGCAAAACGGCAGAGCCCACCCUCUAGCUUUCCUGGCAAAGUGGCUCCGUCCAGUCUGGUGCCUGUUGCUCAGGCGGUCGGGACGACGCCCAGGUAG